AGGGAGUGCUCUCUGAAAUACUGACUUUGGGAGAGAAAGCCAGCCGGCCAGUUCCUGGGGCACCUGUAAAAUGAAGCUUGCUGUAAUCAGACAUUCGUGCAAUUGGUUUUUCUCAGGCCUAACCGCUGUCCAGGGCACUCUGCUUCUUCCUCUUAUACUGUACUGCAAGCAGCCAGACAACAAUCCAGGAAGAGUAAAUAUCCUUCUACAAGGAUUCCAGGAAUUCCUUCACCCAGACUUCUGGGAAAUGUAGUCCAUGCGACUGUGACAUCACAGGGAGCCGUCCAGGAAAUCCCUUUCUGGCGUUUAGUCCACACCAGUGGAGCUUCCGCAAAGUUGGGCGAGAGUCCUGCCCUGCUCUACAAUCCUCUUGCAUCUCUGACAUGGAGGAAAUGCUGUCCUUCUGGGAUGUGGCCAUUGAGUUCUCUGCAGAAGAGAGGGAAUGCCUGAAGCCUGCUCAGUGGAAUUUGUACAGGGAUAUAAUGUUGGAGAAUUACAGCAACCUUGAUUUCCUGGGUCUUGCUGUCUCUAAGCCACACCUGGUGACAUUUCUGGAGCAAACACAAGGGCCUGGGGAUCUGAAGAGACAAGCAACAGACACUGUGCACCCAGGAACAGCACCCAAUGACUGUAACAAUUACAGCAAGUCCAUUGAUUGUAAAUCCCUGCUUAUUCAACGCCAGAGAAUUCAUACAGGGAAGAAACUUUACAAGUGUGAAGAAUGUGGAAAGGCCCUUAGUUCUCAAAAAACCCUAUCUAUACACCAGAGACUUCAUACUGGAGACAAACCCUACAUGUGUAAAGGAUGUCUUAAGACCUUUAAUACUCGCUCAUCACUUUUUAUACACCAGAAAACUCAUACUGAUGAAAAAUCCUACAAGUGUGAAAAAUGUGGCAGAGCAUUUUACUAUCCUCCACUCCUGAAGCAACAUCAAAGAAUUCAUUCUGGAGAGAAGCCAUACAAGUGUGAAGAAUGUGGCAAAGCAUUUUAUUUUCCUUCAUACCUUAAGCAACAUCAACGAAUUCAUUGGGGAAACAAUCCCUACAAGUGUGAAGAAUGUGGAAAAAGGUUUUCUUGUUCUUUACGUCUUCAAGUCCAUCAAAUAAUCCAUACUGGAGAGAAAUUGUACAAGUGUGAAGAAUGUCACAAAGCCUUUCGUUAUCACUCAUCCUUUUGGAGACAUAUGAGAGGUCAUAUUGCAGAGAAAUCCUACCAGUGUGAACUGAGUGGAAAAGGAUUUACUAAGCCUGCUUUCCUCAUUGGGAACAGGGCAGCUCUUACUACAAGGAAACCCUACAAGUGUGAGGAGUGUGGCAAGUGUUUUUGCUCACCUUCAUCGCUUAAACGACAUCAAACAAUCCACUCUGAAGACAAUCCCUACAAGUGUGCAGAGUGUGGCAAAAGAUUUUCCUACUUUGCACACCUUCAAGAACAUCAGAUGGUCCAUACUAGAGAGAAACCAUGCAAGUGUGAGGAGUGUGGCAAAUGUUUUUCCUCAUCUUCAUCCCUUAGACGACAUCAAUCAAUCCAUUCUGAAGAUAGUCCCUAUAAGUGUGCAAAGUGUGGUAAAUGGUUUUCCUGUUCUAGGAGUCUUCGGGAACAUCAAGCAAUUCAUACUGGAGAGAAACCAUACAAGUGUGAAGAAUGUCACAAAGCCUUUCGUAAAUACUCAGCCUGUCGGAGACACAUGAGAGUUCAUACUGCAGAGAAAGCCUACAAGUGCAAGGAGUGUGGCAAGUGUUUUUGCUCGUCUUCAUCCCUUAUUCGACAUCAAACAAUCCACUCUGAAGAUAAUCCCUACAAAUGUGCAGAAUGUGGCAAAAGGUUUUCCUCCUUUGCACGCCUUCAAGAACAUCAGACAGUCCAUACUGGAGAGAAACCACACAAGUGUGAGGAGUGUGGCAAAUGUUUUUGCUCAUCUUCAUCCCUUAGACGACAUCAAGCAAUCCAUUCUGAAGACAAUCCCUACAAGUGUGCAGAAUGUGGCAAAAGGUUUUCCUACUUUACAAACUUUCAAGAACAUCAGACAAUUCAUACUGGGGAGAAAUCAUUCAAGUGUGAUGAGUGUGGCAAAUGUUUUUACUUAUCUUCAUCUCUUCGCCGACAUCAAAAAAUUCACUCUGAAGACAAUCCUUAUAAGUGUGAAGAGUGUGGCAGAUGUUUUUCAUCAUCUUCAUCCCUUAGGCGACAUAAACAAAAAAAGAAAAUUCAUUCUGAAGACAAUCCUUAAUAGUGUGGGUAAUGUGACAAAGACCUUGUUAAUCUUUAUAUCCUUACUCAACACAUGAUAUUAGAUCAUACCAGAGAGAAAUCCUACAAAUGUCUUAAAAAGUUUACUUCUUCAACCCUUAAAACACAUCAAAUGAUUCAUUCUGACUACAAACUCCUUGAGUGUGUGAAUUGUGGUAAAAUCUUUGCUAACACUGCAGAUCUUUCCAGCUCAAAUAAAUACAUAGUAGAGAAUGUUAAGUUAAUUAUUUUGGAAUGUCAACAGGAACAUCUAACUUGCAAUAGCAAAACAAACAAACAAACAAAAAAACCACUAAGAGAACACUGGAAACUUCUCUUUGCUGCGACCUCCAACAGUUUGUUCAAGCAAUGUGUUUGAAACUUGCCUCGAUUAAUGAGUCUCUUUCUUCUGUAACUGUAAAUGUUCCCUGAAACCUUUACCAUGUCCUAACUUUGUCCACUGGGUGCCUGGAGUCUGAGAUCUGGGCUGUGUCAUAGUUACUGUUGUUUUUCCCAGUGGAGUCAUCCAAGCUCCUGUAAUAUAUCCCCUCGGUGUGUAAGAAGCUCGGUCUCUCUGAGCUAGCAGGUUUUCACCCAGCAUCUGGUUCCUGAAUCUUAUUGAUAAAAUAAAAGGCUAUAGACUUAGUUAAAACUACAGGAAGGCUCUUCAGGUCUAAGGCCUCAGCAGCAGUUGAGGCAGAGAUAGUAUCAGGUGCAGCUGCUAUGCCUCAGAUAAAAAACAGUGGUGCUGGAGACAUGGUUCAGAGGUUAACAGCACUGACUGCUCCACCAGAGG